GUUUGUUUGGCAUUAAAUGUGGGUGGAGGGAAAGGCUGGAUGCAAAUAUAGCUACAAAUGAGGCAUGACGAUGCAAUAUGUACAUACAGCUAGCCUAAAUAGCAUGUCAGCAUCGAUUAGCAUUCCGUGCUAAUUGAUGCACACUCCACGUAAGUCAACUUGAAUCUGUCCCUGAUCGUGUUAUUACACCCUCCGACAACACACCGACGAGGCAUGAUGUCUCCAAGGUACGGAAAACAGUCGAAAAAAACGAAAAUAACAGAGCUGAUUUGACUUGGUGUGUGUAAUGUGUUUGAGAAAUGGCGGAUUGCUUCCCGUUGUAACGUCACGGGUGAAGGGGCAUCGCUCCGACAGCGAACAAUUGAAAGGCGUUUAAAUUGCCAAAUUCACCCUUUUAGAGUUCGGAAAUCGGUUGAAAAAACAUGGUGUUUUGUCUGCAACAUCAAGGUAUAUAUUGACGCUUACAUAGGUCUGGUGAUAAUGUUCCCCUUUAAUGUGACAGGAGGAGGCCAGCAGGCGCAACGUCCUGUCCCGUGUAUUCCCUCCUGUCUGACGUGGCCAUGCAAAAAACUGCUUUAUAUAAUGUCCAUUGUUGAAGUGAUUCAAAAGUGUGUGUGUGUGUGUGUGUGUGUGUGUAGGCAUCACCACCGUCCUCACCAUGUCCACCAUCAUCACCGGGGUCAACGCCUCCAUGCCGCGAGUGUCCUACAUCAAGGCGGUGGACAUCUACCUAUGGGUCAGCUUUGUCUUCGUCUUCUUGUCGGUGAUCGAGUACGCCGCUGUCAACUACCUCUCCACCGUGCAGGAGCGCAAAGAGAGGAAACUCAGGGAGAGGCUGCCCUGCACAUGUGGCAUUGGCAACCCGGACGACAUGAUGAUCGACCCAAUGAUCACCGGAUACGGGACCAUGGACGUCAACAGCACCGGGAAUUACGGCAUGCCGGAGAACGGUGGGCGGCAGGAGCGGAUUCUGGCUCAAGUGGCGCUGAACGAUCCGCAGCUGACGGGCCAGGUGAAGCCCGCCAGGGGCUACGUGAACAUUUGGAUCGACACCCACGCCAUAGACAAGUACUCGCGAGUCGCCUUUCCCGGGGCCUACAUCCUCUUCAACAUCAUUUACUGGUCCAUCUACUCGUAAGGAUCCUCCAUGACACAGAGCGCCUUUUUUAUGCUGGUGGAAUUGUGAGCAAAGCCGCUGCCGCACGAGGACUACUGCCUUCUCAACCCGGCCUUUUGACAACUGCCGAGUCAUGCUGUAACUACACCAUCACGCUGUUUAUGGAAAGACUUUUGCUCUGGCUUGAUGUUUUCUCCUUCUCUGAGAGGUGAGCGCCAUUCACAAAUGGUAGUUACUGUUCAGAAAGACGUACCGUCACCUCAUUUGGCAUCUUGGCAAUCAGUGAUGCAACUUCUUGAAUGGCAAUCAGUAACCAAGCAUUUUGAUUGGCAAUCAGUAACUCAACACUUUGAAUGGUAACACAACACUUUGACUGUCAAUAAGUAACCCAACCACUAUUAUUGUCAAUCAGUAACCAAACACUAUGAUUGGCAAUCAGUAAGCAAAACUUAGAUUGGCAAUCUGUAACCCAACACUAUAUUUGGCAAUCAGAAGCACAACACUUCAAUUGGCAAUUAGUAACCAAACACUAUUAUUGGCAAUCAGUAACGCAACACUUUGAUUGGGAAUCUGUAACCCAACACAAUGAUUGUCAAUCAGUAACCCAACACUUUGAUUGGCAAUCAGUUACCCAACGGAAUGGUUGGCAAUCAGUAGCACAACACUUCAAUUGUCAAUCAGUAAUCCAACACUUUGAUUAGCAAUCAGUAACACAACACUUCAAUUGUCAAUCAGUGACCAAACACUGUUAUUGGCAAUUAGUAACGCAACAUUUUGAUUGGGAAUUAGUAACCCAACACUAUGGUUGGCAAUCAGUAAUGCAACACUUUGAUUGGGAAUCGGUAACCCAACACUAUCGUUGGCAAUCAGUAACGCAACGCUUUAAUUGUCAAUCAGUAAUCAAACACUACGAUUGGCAAUCAGUAACCAAACAGUAUGGUUGGCAAUCAGUAACGCAACACUUCAAUUGUCAAUCAGUAAGCAAACACUAUGGUUGGCAAUCAGUAACGUAACACUUCAAUUGUCAAUCAGUAAGCAAACACUAUGGUUGGCAAUCAGUAACGUAACACUUCAAUUGUCAAUCAGUAAGCAAACACUAUGGUUGGCAAUCAGUAACCCAACACUUCCAUUGUUGAUCAGUAACCAAACACUAUGAUUGGCAAUCAGUAACGUAACAAUCAGUUGAAAUUUUUCUUUUUCAGUACGUUCGACGUGCGUCUCCUUGUGACUUUUGUAUCGCUGUGACGCUAACUGCAUUGCAUCCUUGUGAUUCCACAUUUCAUUUCAAAACAAAAAAAAUAUAAUUUGCAAGUGUAAAAGAAAAAUAAAUCUCAAGCAUCGA